CUAUUAAGGAUUUGCAGAUAUAAUAUAAUGAACCAAUAAAAAAAACUUCAGACCGGACUAAACCGGGAUAUUUUGAGUAGUAAAGGGGAAGAGAGAGAAGCGCGUGAUUCAACGGCUUUGUUAUAUAUACAAACCAACCCCAUAUUUAGGCAACCAACGUUGACUCACAAACAGAGAGAAGUGAGUCAGGUUUUGAGACUUGUGUAGGAGAUGGAUCCUACGACGCCGUUACUUUCCCACGGUGGCAAGGUGGAGGAUUACGCUCCGGCGAGAACCUGGAGCGAUGUGAAGCGAGUUUUGUGUACUGAGUCGGCGAAACUGUGGUUGAUCGCUGCUCCGAUUGGCUUCAACGUCAUUUGCCAGUACGGCGUCAGCUCAGUCACCAACAUCUUCGUCGGCCACAUCGGUGAGGUCGAGCUCUCCGCCGUCUCUAUCUCUCUCUCUGUCAUCGGCACCUUCUCCUUCGGCUUUCUGCUUGGCAUGGGAAGUGCACUUGAAACACUGUGUGGUCAAGCAUUUGGAGCUGGUCAAGUCCACAUGUUAGGAAUUUACAUGCAGAGAUCCUGGAUCAUCUUGUUCGUUUCCUGCCUCCUCCUCCUUCCUAUUUACAUCUUUGCCACUCCAGUUCUGAGACUUCUCGGCCAAGCAGAGGAGAUAGCCGUUCCAGCUGGACAAUUCACUCUCCUCACCAUCCCUCAGCUCUUCUCGCUGGCUUUGAACUUCCCAACCUCCAAGUUCCUUCAAGCGCAGAGCAAAGUAACUGUCAUUGCUUGGAUUGGGUUCGUUGCUCUUCUCCUACACGUUGGUAUGCUGUGGCUGUUUAUCAUCGUGUUUGGCUGGGGAACAAACGGUGCUGCUUUGGCGUUUAAUAUCACCCAGUGGGAAAUUACAAUCUCUCAGAUCGUUUAUGUGAUUGGUUGGUGUAACGAAGGGUGGACUGGUUUAUCAUGGUUGGCUUUUAAGGAGAUCUGGGCCUUUGUUAGACUCUCCAUUGCAUCUGCUGUUAUGCUUUGUCUUGAAAUCUGGUAUAUGAUGAGUAUCAUCGUCCUUACUGGUCAUCUUGAUGACCCUGUUAUCGCUGUUGGUUCACUUUCUAUAUGCAUGAAUCUCAAUGGUGUGGAGGCAAUGUUGUUCAUCGGAAUAAACGCAGCUAUAAGUGUCCGUGUCUCCAACGAGCUUGGCUUAGGCCGUCCACGAGCAGCGAAAUACUCUGUCUAUGUCACGGUGUUCCAGUCUCUCCUCAUCGGUCUUGUCUUUAUGGUGGCUAUCAUCUUAGCCAAAGACCAUUUUGCUAUCAUUUUCACAAGCAGCAAAGUACUUCAACGUGCAGUGUCUAAGCUAGCUUAUCUUCUUGGUAUAACCAUGGUUCUCAACAGCGUGCAGCCUGUUAUUUCCGGUGUGGCUAUUGGAGGUGGUUGGCAAGGCUUAGUGGCUUAUAUCAACUUGGGUAGUUACUACAUUUUUGGCCUUCCCUUUGGGUAUUUUCUUGGUUACAAAGCAAACUUGGGAGUGAUGGGACUUUGGGCUGGAAUGAUAUCAGGAAUAGCGCUUCAAACGUUGUUGCUGAUGUUUGUUCUGUACAAGACAAACUGGAAUAAAGAGGUGGCGGAGACGAGUGAACGUAUGAAGAAAUGGGGAGGGAGUACUGAAACAAAAUCAAAGGAAGUACUUGCGUGAUUAUUGAUUGGGUUUCUCUUUUGUUUAGGCUUUUUGUUUGUUUGUUUUUUUCCAUUGGUGUUUGUAUUUGUACUAGCCAGUAGGCUGUUGGAAAAUCAUUCAAUCAGCCAAAGUAACAACUGUGCUUUUGUUAUUUUCUUCCAAAAGAAGAAUAAAAAGUGCAAUUGUAACGUUACCAAAAUGUCACAUGCACAUUUUGCUCGUGACUUCAAAAUUUAUCAAGACUACUUAUUUAA